AUGGUAGGAUCUAAAAAGCACGAAUUGAAAGAAGCUGGCGACAAAAAACGCGUCAAAAGACGGAGAAAUUACGACGACCACGAUAAAGAAGUUAGUGCAGAGGACUCGAAAGCGAAGACUAACAAGAAGAAAGACGGCACCAGCAACAACGAUAGCGACGACAGCGAAAGCGAAGACGAUGAAAAACUGGACUUGAUGUUGAACAAAGAAGAUGAGGACGAGGAUGAUUUGGCAGAAAUCGACAGCAGUAACAUCAUCACUGGGGGACGUCGCACCAGAGGGAAGGUAAUUGACUAUAAGAAAACGGCCGAAGCACUUGACAAGGAAUCAGGCAGAAGCGUGCUAUCUGGAGACUCUGAGAGUGAAAUGGCGGCCAAGGAACAGACAGGAGAGGAAGAAGACGCGGAAGACGCCGACUUCCCAGAGCCCGAAAAACAGUGA